AUCGAGUGGGGAGGGCAGGGAUCGAGUGGGGCGGGCAGGGAUCGAGUGGGGGUGGGCAGGUGCUCCGCAGCAGGGAUCCAGUGGGGAUGGGCAGAGGCUCUGGGAUUGGGAUUGACGGGGGAGGGCUGGGAUCGAGUGGGGUGGGUGGGGAUCAAGAGGGGGUGGGCAGGGGAUCCAUAGCAGGGAUCGACUGGGAUGGGCAGGGAUCGGGGGGGCAUGCAGGGGCUUUGCAGCAGAGGUUGGUCGGGGUGAGCAGGGGCUGUGUGUCUGGGUGCUGCGGGGGGGACAGGCCUCUGCUCCGGGACCAAGCAGGGUGGCAGGAUCGUGUGAGGGGAUCGAGUGGGGCUCCAUCCUGCAUCAACAGGAUGGAGCGGGGUUCUGCGGUGUGAGGAAGGGGCACGGGGCCUGGCGGGGCUGAGGCUGUCUCCUGUCACAGGGGGGCUGCCAGCAGGACCUGUUCUGUCCCUCUGGUGGGCUCCCACCAGGCUGACUGGGGACCCUGUGCUUCUGCCCUAGAUGUGCCAAGAGCUGUCAGAGCCUUGAGGAGAACUGGUCACAGCCCCUGGUGUCAGCCCGGAGAUGGGCAGCUACAGGCAGCGUGGUGCCUUACCCCAGUCAGAGCAUGGGCUGACAGACACCCUCCGUGCAGAAUCCUGACUGCGUUAAUGGGUAGGGUGGGAGAUGUUUCUGGAGGAUUGAAAGAUCACUGGUGAGAAAAAUGACAGCAGGCUCUGUCUCAGUUCCUCAGGUCAUACCACUUCGAAUCCCUCUUCCAGGGAAGGCUAAACAUGAAAUCGAUACAAAUACUCUCGUAGAAAUAAAAUCAGAUACACCUGAGGUCUCCAUUUAUUACACAUUAGAUGGAAGUAAGCCAGAACCCAAUAAGAAACCUGGCUAUGGAGAGCACAACACUUUUAAGUAUAAAAGUCCUAUCAUAUUACCAGUUGGGAAAAUCAUGGUCAAGGCACUUGCAGUUACAAAGGACUGCAGGGAGAGCACUGUUGUAACAAAGGUGUUUCUAGUAGAGUACAAGCAACCGAACAUCUUCUCUAUUGAAGACAAUGACAAGAAUUUCCUAAAAGAUGUCACCACACAGGAGAGAGAAGAUGGAUUGUUUACUACAAAGUCAAAGAAAAAUGGAAUGAAUGUGGAAAUCAAGCCUGCCUGGAGUGAAGCACCCCAAGAUUUUCAAGACUUGGAAACAGAAAAAAAGACGUAUCACAAGUCCCUGCAAGGACCACAGCUCCUGACCUGCCAUUUAGAAACAACAGGAUACAGAGAGGAAUCCGUCUCAGCACUACCAACAGAGUCAUUACAGUUUGCUAGUUCUUCUGUGGUGACUAGCCGAAAAAGCUUAGCAAGCACACAGGUGGCAAGAAUCCAGAGGGAGACAAAUUUCCUCAGAUGUGCACACUGUUCUGCACCUCGCCUGUCUGAUCCCUUGGCUCACUUCUGCCAGGAAUGUGGAUCUCCUAUCCCACCUGUGCCAGUACGUCACUUCCCGCCCCCUGAAGGAGCACAGAUGGCACCAUGUCUUGAAUGCAGACAUCUUGUGCCAAUGAAUACACCCACCUGCAUUGUAUGUGAGUCACCAAUAGCUCCACAGCUGCAGCCCCAAACCAACAUCUGCUUGAAGGGCAAAGUAAUUUGUCAGGCAUGCGGCACAGGAAAUCCUCUUCAUCAUAAAUAUUGUGUGACCUGUGAAAGCAAACUGCCUGAAGCACAGAUGCACGUGCUUCGAGGAGAUAGCCCCCCAGCUUAUACCAGCCAGCAGGGAAAGACAGUUUCCUGCUCAAAAUGCAAUCGUGUUAACCAAUGUGAUGCUCGUUUCUGUGACUGGUGUGGAGCCAAGCCUGACCCUCCUCCGUGCUACUUUACUUGUUUCAAGUGUGGUACAAACAACCGUCCAUAUGCUCGGUUCUGUGCGUUCUGUGGUGUUUACGUAGAGCCCCCAUCAAGGGCGAGUUCUCAGAAUGGAGUUCUCUUGGAUGCUGGGGACUCGCUGCGGUUUUCUGAGACUAAACCACCUCAAGCUCAAGUUGCCUGGCAGUCUCUUCCUAUUUCCUUGUCCAAAUCUAGAGUAGAUCUAAAAGAAACAGAAGAUAAAGGAACCCAAACCAUUGGACUUUUUUACCCAUCUAGCAAACUGUUGGAAAAGAAGGAACUUGAGCUGAUUUUACACAAAGAAAAGCUGGAAAAAAUGAGUGAUCGUAAGCCUCUCCUGACAGCCAUCAGUCCUGGAAAAGGUUACUGGAGAAAGCAGCUGGAUCAUGUCUGUGCUCACCUUAGAAGCUACGCCCAGAACAACCUUGAAUUCAGAGCACUGAUUGGAGAACCUCGAAUGGGAAAGAUUACUUCUGCGGCCAUCUGUGAGAACGACUAUCAAGUCACUAUUACGUUAAAUUACACUCUUGCUAGUAACAAGGAUAUUCAUACCAGUAAACCAGCAAAGUUCAAUAAUCAUUACCUAAAUAGUGUAACGGAAGAUGGAGAUGAUCUGGAUGGCAGUCAGACUAGUUUUGGCAAAGAAGAUCACGAUCUUUCACAUUCAAGAGGCAAAAUAAAGAGAACAAAGUCAAGAAUGCUUACAGAAAAAGAAGAUAAGCUCCCUCCAGAGUCCAGACAACUGCUGGACGAACUGGGUCCCCAUGGGAAAGGAAGAAUCACUUUGAUAGAACAGUUGCUCAGCAAAGGCGCUGACCCAAACUGCACCGGCGAAGACGACCGACCUGCUCUGACAGUGGCUGUCCGUAACAGGCAUGCAGAAGCGAUCUCUGUUCUUGUGCAGAAAGGCGCUAACGUUGACCAGCAGUCAGGACUGUACAACAACACCGCUCUCCACGAGGCAGUUCUGCUUGGAUUAGAGGGAAAGGAGUGCGUCCGAGUCCUGCUACGCUGUAAUGCAAGCAUAAAAAAGAAGAAUACAGAAGGGGAAUCAGCAUAUGAUUUGGCUGUUACAGAUGGAAAUAAUGAAGUGAUUUCAUUGUUUGCAAGUAAGCUUGGAGAGGGAAUGUUGGACAAACUUACGAAACCCAGGAACAUUGGUCUCAUCAGUGUUUGAUCGUGACUG